AUGGGUGCCUACGUGGCGUCCAAGCAUGCCAUCGCCCGUCUGAGCAAGGUCGGCGCCAUCGACUAUGGCAAGCGCGCUAUCCGCGUCAACAACCUCGCUCCCGGCUUCGUCGACACGACCAUGGUCACCGCUGGCGUUUCGGCUGAGCAGGCCGAGCACGUCUCCACGUCCUGCCUGAACCGUAUGGGCCGCCCAGAGGAGAUUGCCGAUGUCGCCGUGUUCCUCUCGAGCGAGGGUGCGUCGUUUGUCACCGGCACGACUUGGCAGGUCGACGGUGGCUACACCGCCAUGUAG